AUGCAUCUCACAUUUACAGUAUUUUGUCUUUUGAUUGCUCAUGUCAUCUGCUAUCCAUCAGUACGAAAUGUGGAAGCUGAUGACGACAAAAAUAACGAAGAUCUACAAUUAGAACUUCGUUCAAUUCUCAAUUAUCUUGACAAUGAACAAAUCGAACGAUCGAUCACAUCAAGUGAGAGCGAUUCGAACGAAAACGGCGACGUUUUUACCAAACGAAAAGAUAGCUACAAUGUAAUCAAUCCAGAACUGAAAUGCGGAAUCGAAUGCGUAGGAAAACUACGAAAUCCUGAAACAGGAAAAGGCUUGUCAGUGGGUGAAGCAACCAAAGCUUGCAACAAGAUUUGCGCUGAUUUAUUCAAAAACAAAUAA